UGAAGUUUACGCCGUUGAAUCAAGUAUUUCCAUCAGUAACUUUGAUUUGUUAUCUUGUACCAAGAUGUACAACAUAUAUGGAAUUCCAUAUAGUAUGAUGCAGGAAGAAAAUUAUGUUCUUACUAUGUCUUGGUCCAAUCCAACUUGUGGAUCUUCUGAAACUGAAUGCUACAGCAGUCUUCCGCACACUAAAGGUAUGCAUUUCUAUCUUGAUGUGCGGCGAAAGCUACUGAUUACUGGUGUGAUUUUAGGAUUCUUCCUUUUUGCAAUAGCGAUUACUGCACUCUACCGCACCUGUAGCAACGAUAAAACACAAAGAGAAUAUCAAGCCAGGGUUGAAAUGUUUUUGGAUAAUUACAGAUCACUGAAUCCCACGAGGUACUCCUAUGCUGAUCUCAAGAGGAUCACAAAUCAAUUCAGUGAUGAAUUGGGCCAAGGAGCUUAUGGAACCGUGUUCAAAGGAAAGCUAACCAAUGAAAUAACUGUAGCUGUGAAGCUCCUCAGUAAUUCCAUAGGAAAAGGGGAGGAAUUCAUCAAUGAAGUGGGAACAAUGGCAAGUAUCCACCAUGUUAAUGUUGUUCGCUUGAUCGGUUUCUGUGCUGAUGGAUUUAGACGAGCUCUAGUUUAUGAGUACUUGCCUAAUGAUUCUUUACAGAAGUUCAUAUCCUCAGCAGACUCAAGGAACCAUUUCCUUGGCUGGGAAAGGUUGAAUCGUGUUGCUCUAGGCAUAGCCAAGGGGAUUGAAUAUCUUCACCAGGGGUGUGAUCAAAGAAUCCUCCAUUUUGAUAUCAAACCACAGAAUAUCCUGCUUGACAAUGAAUUCAAUCCCAAAAUCGCCGAUUUUGGGAUGGCUAAGCUGUGUUCCAAGGAUAAAAGUGCCAUAUCCAUGACGACUGCUAGGGGGACUGUUGGCUACAUUGCCCCAGAAGUGUUCUCGAGGAACUUCGGGAAUGUUUCCUAUAAAUCAGAUGUUUACAGCUUUGGGAUGUUGGUGUUGGAAAUGGUUGGAGGAAGGAAGAACGUCGAUGAUACAGCAGAAAAUGGCGACCAGAUAUACUUCCCGGAAUGGAUUUAUAAUCUCUUAGAAAAGGAAGAAGACCUGCGGUUUCAUAUCGAUGGAGAAGAAGAUGCUAAAAUUGCAAAGAAACUAGCAAUUGUGGGGCUGUGGUGCAUUCAGUGGAACCCAGCAGAGCGUCCUUCCAUGAAAACUGUUGUCCAAAUGCUUGAAGGGGAAGGAGAAAACUUAACAAAGCCUCCCGAUCCUUUCAGCUCCUCUGUCCCUAAGAGAACAAGUGCAGGCCGCAUGCCAGCGAGACGUCUUCACCAAGAGUUGGCAGCCAUCUCAGAAAUCGAGUGAUCAGAAAUUUACACUUUUCAGUAAUAACAUAUUAGUGAGCAAUAAUGAAGGAAAUUGUUGUGACCA